UUCCUUCAAAGCCCCCUGCCCAGGCUGCUGUCCGCCGGCCCAGGUGCUGAAACCUGCCGCCCUUUGCCAGCCCAGCCCCGGCAGCGCCCAGGCCCACCGCGACGCCCCCCGGGCACCGCACGCGGGUCGGGAUGAGCGGAGGGGUCUACGGAGGAGUCGCCCCCUCCUCCUCCCAAUUUCGCAGCCACCUUCCCGGACAGACAAAAGAAGCCAACUUUGCGGGCUGCCGAAUGGAAAUGAAAGAGCCGGAAGGGGCCCCUCGAGGCCAUCUAGUCGUCGUCCCCCGUGCAGCCCAGAGAUCCAGACUGCCGCCUGCUGAUCCCAUAUUCCUUAAAUCUGGCCCUCCCCGUUGGAGGCACUUGGACGAGGUGGGGGCCCUGGUCUUCGACAUCGGCUCCUUCUCCGUCCGGGCUGGUUAUGCUGGUGAGGACUGUCCGAAGGCGGACUUCCCCACCACGGUGGGCCUGCUCUCCCACGACGAGUCGGCCAUGGAGCUGGAUGGAGACAAGGAGACCAAAUCGGGGAAGGCCUACUACAUCGACACCAACUCCCUCCACGUCCCGCGGGAGAACACGGAGAUCGCCUCCCCCCUCAAGAACGGGAUGA